UUAUUUCAUAUGCCUAUGGAAAAUAACAGUUUUGACAUGACAGAAGUGGUCGACAUACAACACAAAUCAACCACCACGACGAUGUCUGUUGGUUCGUUUAUUUCGUCUACUGUAGCUAGUUUUUUCGAGUAUGACACGCCUAAGAUAGUGCACAUCAAAAGCAAGAAGGUUGGACUUAUUAACCGGCUUCUCCAGCUUGCAAUUAUUGGAUAUAUCAUUGGAUGGGUACUCGUGUACAAGAAAGGUUACCAGUCGACAGAUGAUGUUAUGAGUGCCGUAACAACCAAAAUGAAAGGCGUGGCAUAUACAAACAUAACCGAUGAACCCAAUCUUAAUGUGAAAGAUACAACACCAUACAACAGAAUUUGGGAUGUAUCAGACUACGUCAUUCCGCCACAGCAAACCAAUGCCUUCUUCGUUAUGACCAAUAUGAUCAUCACACCAGGCCAGAGUAAGGGAGAAUGUCCAGAGGAUCCUAAGAUACCUAAUGCAGAAUGUUCAGGGCCUGAGGACUGUGAUGCUGACAUGCCUAUCACCAAUGGAAAUGGUGUGAUGACUGGUAAAUGUGUCAACUAUACAUAUCCUGAUGGAAAUGUUACAAAGACUUGUGAGAUCAAAGCUUGGUGCCCAGUUGAGUUUGAUAAAACUCCCGUAACCAAUAAAUCUGUUCUGAGUGAUGCUGCAAACUUCACUGUUCUUAUCAAGAAUAGUAUCCAGUUUCCUAAAUUCAAUGUUUCAAAACGAAACAUUCUAGAAGACAGCAAUAGUACAUACUUGAAGCAAUGUCAUUAUAGCAGCAGAACAGACCAGUUCUGCCCAGUGUUUACGCUUGGUACCAUAGCCAAGGAAAUAGGAGAAGACUUCAACAGCCUUGCUUACUUGGGAGCAGUAGUUGGAAUAAUAAUCCACUGGGACUGCAACUUAGACUACAGCUUGGAUAACUGCAGACCUAUGUACACCUUCCGAAGAUUGGACAACAGAAAUGCCCUUAUUGCACCAGGCUACAACUUCAGAUAUUCUAUAAACUACAAAGAGAAUGACACAGAAUUUAGAACCCAGACAAAGGCAUAUGGAAUACUCUUCCAAGUAAUCGUGUCUGGGGAAGCAGGAAAGUUUGAUAUCGUUCCUCUGAUUCUCAACAUUGCAUCUGGGUUGGCGUUGCUCUCAUUGGCUAGUAUUAUGGCAGAUAUAUGUGUAUUAUAUCUACUCAAAAAGCGGUACUUUUACAGACAGAAGAAAUACCAGCUAGUCGAUGACAUUCCAUAUGAGGAUGCAGAUGCUGAUACAGAUACAGAGACGCAUUAAAGGAAACCAUUCAUGUAUAUCUUUGAUGAGCAAUAGAUCAAUUCUUCUUCAGACAAGUUAUCGUUAUUACUUCUUACUUCAAUUAUGUCUUUCCCUUCUCACUUUACGAACUCAUCAGUGCCUUUAGAGUAUUGCUUUAGUGAAUCUAAUGCCAACUGUCCCUUCUGUAUAUCUUGGUACAACACCAUUGCAUUCAAGACUUUCCUAGUAGGGCAAUUCCAUAAAGCCCAUGUGCAUCCAAUCCCUCUU